AUGCAGGUCAUAGGAACCCCGGAGUCCCUGGAUGGGAAGGGCCUGUCCUUCCCACCCACAGCGAGCGUCAGCCCCUGUCAGGACAACAGCACGGGGUCCAACGCCACCUGCCCUGAGCUGCCGCCAGCCCUCGCAGCCCUGUACGUGGUGCUGCCCACCGUGUACUCCGUGAUCUGCGCCGUGGGGCUGACCGGCAACACAGCCGUCAUCUACGUGGUCCUCAGAGCGCCCAAGAUGAAGACGGUGACCAAUGUGUUCAUCCUGAACCUGGCUGUGGCUGACGGGCUCUUCACGCUGGUGCUGCCGGUGAACAUCGCGGAGCACCUGCUGCAGCGCUGGCCCUUCGGGGACCUGCUGUGCAAGCUGGUGCUGGCCAUCGACCACUACAACAUCUUCUCCAGCGUCUACUUCCUGGCCGUGAUGAGUGUGGACCGCUACCUGGUGGUGCUGGCCACAGUACAGUCUCGCCGUGCGCCCCGGCGCACCCACCGAGGCGCCAAGCUCACCAGCCUGUGCGUCUGGCUGGGUGUGACCCUGCUGGUCCUGCCAUUCUUCUCCUUCGCGGGCGUCUACAGCAACGAGCUGCAGGUCCCCAGCUGCGGGCUCAGCUUCCCGAGGCCCGAGCGGGCCUGGUUCAAGGCCAGCCGCAUCUACACCCUGGUGCUGGGCUUCGUGGUGCCCGUGUGCACCAUGUGCGUGCUGUACAUGGACCUGCUGCGCAGGCUGCGGGCUGUCCGGCUCUGCUCCGGAGCCAAGGCUCUGGGCAAGGCCAAGCGGAAAGUCACGGUACUGGUGUUUGCCGUCCUGGCCGCGUGCCUGCUCUGCUGGACGCCCUUCCACCUGGCCUCCGUCGUGGCCCUGACCACAGACAUGCCCCAGACCACCCUGGUCAUCAGCAUCUCCUACGUCAUCACUAGCCUCAGCUACGCCAACUCAUGCCUCAACCCGUUCCUCUACGCCUUCCUGGACGACAACUUCCGCAAGAGUUUUCGCACGCUGUUCCCGUGCGGCGCGGCUUGA